AUGAUUGCCUGUGAUGUACCUGCUGCAAGGAAAGUAUGUGGAUUCACAUCUCAUACUAGUACAAAUGCAUGCCACAAGUGUAAGUAUCAAUUUUUGAGGUUGGCUAGAACGAGUUCUGUUGAUUAUUCUGGAAUUGAUUUCUCAAAGUGGCUCCUUCGCACUAAUAAUGACAAUUGUAAGGAUGCAGAGGUCUGGAGAAAUGCAACCACGCAUGCUGAGAGAUAUUGUCUCAAAGUUGCAAAUAGUGUUUGCUGGUCCAAACUGCAUCAUCUCCAGUACUUUGAUGUUGUCUGCUGCACGAUUGUCGAUGCAAUGCACAAUCUUUUCUUAGGCACUGCCAAGAGAAUGAUGGAGAGAUGGGUUGCAGAUGGAAUAAUUGACAAUAAAAAACUUGUUGCCAUGCAAAAGACAGUUGGGAAGAUAGUGUUGCUGCCUGAUUACACGUCACUUGGGACAAAGAUCGCAAAGGGGUUUCCCUAUAUAAAAGCUGAUGAGUGGAAGUCUUGGUGUCUUGUAUACUCUCCGGUUGUGCUUAAAGAUGUUUUGCCACUGAACAAGUUUAGGAAUUGGAUGCUUUUCAUCAAGGCAUGUCGAAUCCUGGUCAUGUCAAAUAUAUGUGAAAGUGAUAUCGCAAUAGCCCAUAAGUAUCUAGAGGAUUACUGCAAAAUGUGUGAGACAUUAUACAGUCUAAAUCUUCUCUCGCCAAACAUGCACCUACACCUACACUGA